CUCCACCACCACUGCACUGCCUCAAUCUAGAUCGCAUAGCCUUCGAUCGACCAUCAUCCUCACUUCGGUCUUCCAAUGAGUCCGAUCAACAGUCUAUGGUUCAAGUGGAAGGGCCUUCGCCUACCCUGGCGCAGGUCAUUCCUCGUCGGCACCGACCUACACGGAAACACCUUCUGGGAAUUCAAGGACCAACUCAACGCCGGCCGCUUCCGCCGCAUCGUCAAGACCGAUCCCAAAACCCACCUCGCCGAUGUCCAAGUGAGCCCCCAAUGGCACCAAUGGCUCCGUUACGUCCGUGCAGACCCCCCGUCCAUCCAAGAACAACAACAAGACAUCAUCCGACAAAUGCAAAUCAAGGAAUUAGCCCGUCUGGCCGAUGAGCGCUGGGCCAGCAAACCGUCGUAUCUGGAUAUGCCCAAAUCCCAACAACAACCGCUCCCCGCCACCAACACAAGUGAUGCGACAGUAGCCCAAGCAAACAAGAGCCCUUCGGAGGAUACGCAGACGGCAACUGCCGAGGCUGCGAAGAAGAAUGACCCCUGGGCGAAGGCGGCGGCAGGCGCUCCGGGUCAGAAGUGGCAGCCUGAUUCGUGGAGCCCGACUGCGUCGAAGAGAUGAGUGAGCGAGGUGUCUAGAGGGAAGGAGGUGGAGAAUUUGCAGCUUGGCUUGACUACUCCGUACUUGGGCCUCCAUUCUCUCGCUUCAAUCCGAAACACAUAUGUCAGACUCGUCACCUCUAAAAUAGGCAUAUCUGGGGUUGCCUUGCCAGGUUGCCAUCCGUUCCCGAAAUGCGGAACACGCCAGACAUACGCAGAGAGAAGCUGAUUGGCUGUGUUUCGUUAGUGUCGUUGGAGCAACAUUACAGACAGUUGCGAAACAGUAUCUGUCGAUAAGAGACAUCACAUUUUUCUGGUGAUCAGUGACGGGAUGGGAUGUCUCACAUGGUACUCGGCCAUCUAGAGCUUUGGCUUAGGAAACCCCCAACUCUUGUAUAUUACGAACUAUUACUGUAUUAUGAAUGAGCUAUGUACAUUAUUUUUCAUUGGCGUUUUCUACCAGGUCGCCGUUAGGCGUAUAUUGAUCAGGC